UUAUGACAACAAGAAGUAGCAGUUUGGGAAUUAAAGAUGUUGAAUUACUUGGAGGUGACCAAACAAUUGGAGAUGAGGAGGAUUCUUCAAUCGGCGGUCAUCAAGAACGUAAUUGGCGGGGAAUUAUUACAGCAUUAUUAGUUAUUGCAAUUAUGUGUUCAUUAAUUGCUUUGGCUGUUCUUGUUCUUUCGCCUCCUUUAAUCGACGCAGACCAACCCCAACAGAGAAUUUCAUUAUCAGACGUUCUCUCGCUUCGAUUUCUUAGUUUUGUUGAAUCUCUUGAAUGGAUUGACAGCAAAAGAUUGUUAGUUAAAUAUACAGAAGGAAUUAAAAUAUUGGAAUUAAUUGAUGAAGAAACAACAAAAUGGGAAUGGAAAAAUUUAGAAGGAGAUUUGUUUCGCUAUGGAAAGCCCAAUUCUGUUGACGUGUCGUCGGAUGCUCGGUAUUUAAUUUUUCAUUAUUAUAUCGGUAAACGUUCUUCUAAAACCAGCACUUUUCGAGUUUAUGACACAAAAACUGAGACUUUCGAAAAUGUUGGACCAGAAAAGAGUGGAGACGAAAAUGUUAAAGUUGUGGCUUGGAAUCCAAAGGGAAAUGAUUUUGCUUAUGUCUACAACAAUAAUGUCUUCUAUCAAUCUGACCCUCUGACUCUUAAAAGUCAACAAAUUACUAAUGACUCUUCUGAAGAUAUUUUGAAUGGAGUAGCUGAUUGGUUAUAUGAAGAAGAAAUUUUACAAACUUCCCAAGCUUUGUGGUGGUCAAAAGAUGGGAAAUUCUUGGCAUUUUUAACAAUUGACAAUAGAGAAGUGCCUCAUGUGCCUAUUAUGCAUUUUGCACAUCAUCAAUAUCCAAAAGUUGCAAAACAGCCUUAUCCUAAAGUUGACGAAAAACAUUUACCUCAAAUUUGGUUGAGUAUUUGGAACAAAGAGGAUGGGACAUUGAAGAAAAUAAAUGUUGAAGGAAUUCCUGAAAGUUCCCGUAUUUAUUUAUUUUCUGCUCAAUGGGUUGAAUUAUAUGGACAACAAAUUUUAAUUGCUGUUUGGGCAAAUAGAUAUCAAAAUCAAAUAAUUUUCUCUUUAUGUUCAUUUAAUUCAUCAAAAUGUUUACCUAAUUUAAUCCAAAAAUUCACUUUUGACAAUUUAAAUUAUGGAAAGAUUCCUUCAUUUAAUGGCCCAGAAGCUUCUCAAAAUUUAAAAAUUGACACAAAUUCAAAUUUAAUUUUAAAUCUUUGGGCAGAGCCAGAAGACAGUAAAGUACGUUUUUAUUCAUCGGAUGCUUUCUAUACUUUAUUGCCACAUCGAAGACCUUCAAAUAAUGGAGAAAAUGCAUGUAUUAACGUUUCUCAUGGAUUGGAACGUGGUCGUGAAACUUUUCUUCCAUCUGGAAAUUUUGAUGUUGAAAAGAUUAAUUUUUUGAGCCAUGAACGUCAAAAAAUUUAUUUUACUGCAGCAGCACCAUUGCCUUCACAAAGACAUCUUUAUGUAAUUCCUUCAUUUCCUGAUUCCCAUUCAAUCGACCCAAUAUGCUUAACUUGUAAUAUUUCAAUUAAUUGUACUUUCCAUGAAAGCCAUUUCUCUCCAAUUAAAAAGAAUAACAACAAUUUCUCUACACAAUUUGUUUCUUUAAAUUGUAAAGGCCCUGGACCUCCCCAUUUUUUAAUUGCAAAAUUGAAUUCUGAUGGAAAUAAAUUGGAAAAAGUAUUAGACUUUGGCCGAAAUGAAGCACUUGAACAAGCAUUACAUGCAUAUAGACUUCCAAGUGUCCACUUUACUAAUAUUAAAUUAAAGAAUGGAAUUGAAUCACUUGUAAAGAUUUUGGUUCCUUAUGGUGUUUCUUUGGAGGAGAAAAGACCAGAAAAGAGAUUUCCUGUUUUAAUUGAUGUUUAUGCUGGACCGGGAACACAAAAAGUUACCGAGGAAUGGCUUUCUGCAAAUAUGUUUGAUGUAUUUUUUGCUUCUUCUUUGGAUUACGUGGUUGUAUUUAUUGAUGGACGUGGCUCUGGGCAUCAAGGCUGGAGAAUGAAGCAGCCUCUUUAUGGAAAUUUUGGAACUGUUGAAAUUGACGAUCAAAUUGACACAAUGAGAGAAUUGCUUAGACUUUAUCCAAUUUUGGAUUCUAAACGUGUUGGAAUUUGGGGAUGGUCUUAUGGAGGUUUUGCUGCUGCCCGAGCUGUUCAACGAGAUCAUUCUUCAAAUAGAACAUUUCAAUGUGCGGCUAGUGUUGCUCCUGUUUCGAAUUUUAGAUAUUAUGAAAGAUAUAUGGGAGAAGUUGGUGCUGAUGCUUAUGAAAGGACAGAUUUGACACAGGAUGUAAGGCCAUUCCACAAUGUUUCAUUUAUGCUUGCUCAUGGUUCUGCUGAUGAUAAUGUUCACUAUCAAAACACGGCAGAAUUUGUGAGGGCUUUAACUGAAGAAAAUGUUCAAUUUGAAUUGAUGGUAUAUACAGAUGAUUCUCAUAAUUUAAGUACAGUCCGGUGGCAUUUAUAUACAAUGAUUGUGCAAUUUUUGAAAAAAUGCUUUAAUGGAAGUAAAAUUUGAAUUGUUUUUUUGGGAAAUUUUUUAAAAAGAAAAAAGAUAUAAAUUUUUAUUUUUUUGGCAAGUAAAUUUACUAAAAUAAUUAUUUUUAAUAGAGGAUUUUCUUAAUUUGUAUUUUCCUUUUUCAAUUAUGUAUUUACUUGCCAGACUUAUUUGACUCCUACCUAUUUUAAUUAAUGUGCUAAUGACAGUUUUUGGACAUGAUCGGUAUUUUUUUAAUU